UUAUAAGUCAUUCAAAAUAUUGUUUUUUUAAUCUUUAUAAAGUAUAUAAUAAAAUAUUUUAGAACAAAUAUUACUAAAAUGCCUAUAAAGAUAUUGCUUGCGCGUCAAAUUCUCGAUGCUACUGGAAUUCCUACGGUAGAAGUUGAUAUGGUAACGGAAUUAGGUUUAUUCCGCAUCGGGGUUCCCUCAACCGAUGUAAAGAAGGUUGCUGAAGCAGUGCAGAUGCGCGACGGUAUCCCAUCGGAGUACAAUGGCAAGGGGGUUACAAUGGCUGUUAAGAAUAUCAACACUAUUAUAGCACCAGAGCUUAUUAAACAGAAUCUAGAGGUGACCAUGCAAAAAGAGAUAGAUCAGUUUAUGAUAGCCCUGGAUGGAACUGAAAACAAAUCCAGACUUGGGUCUAAUGCCAUAAUGGCUGUAUCGCUUGUUGUCGCUAAAGCUGGCGGAGCAAAAAAAGGGGUCCCCCUGUAUCGCCAUAUUUCUGACAUGGCUGGAGUUACGAGUAUAAUUCUUCCAGUGCCACACUUUGUUAUUUUGACUGGAGGAAUUAUAGCUUCAAAUGGAUUACCAUUUCAAGAAUAUAUUAUUAUGCCUACUGGGGCUGCAUCAUUCGCAGAAGCCGUUCGAAUUGGUUCUGAAAUAUAUCAUUAUGUAAAAAAUAUUAUCAAGUCUAAAUACUCCGUUGAAACUACGUAUGUGAGUGACUCAGGCGGCUUCGCGAUUCCCCUUGAAAGCCACAGGGAUGCGUUGCUGUUUUUAACUGAUGCCAUCAAACAAUGUGGCUAUGUUGGAAAAGCUGAGAUUGCAAUAAAUGCUGCCGCGUCCGAUUUAUUUAAAGAUGGAGCAUAUGAUUUGGAAUUUAAAAAUCCUAACUCAAAUCCCCAGGAAUACAUGUCGUCUGAUAAAUUAGCUGAAGUCUAUUUAGAUAAUAUGAAAGAGUUUCCAGUUUGUUCAGUUGAAGACGGUUUCGAUUAUGAUGAUUGGGCAGCUUGGUCUACACUUGCAGCCCGAACGCAAAGCCAGAUUUUUGGUAAUGACUUGACACAAACAAAUCUCCGCAGGGUAGGUCUAGCGGUUGAAAAGAAAGCGGGAAAUGCAAUUGCACUAAGAUUAAACCAAGCCGGUACACUAACAGAAGUAAUCGAAGCUUAUAAAUUAUUAAAGACAAAUGGAUUCGGAAUAGUAGUAUGCGACCGUUGGGGCGACACUGAUGAUUUAUUUCUAUCGGAUCUUGUAGUGGGCUUAUCCGCCGGCCAAGUGAAAUGCGGAGCGCCAACUCGAGGCGAACAUAUUGGCAAAUACAAUCAAAUCCUGAGAAUCGAGGAAGAGUUAGGUGCUUUGUCUAAAUACGCCGGUAAAAACUAUCGUAAUCAAAUGCAAUAAAAUUACAUAACCUUA